AUGGCCCCGCCUCCAUUUUAUGCUAUCUCUGUAUCGGUGUUGCUCAUAAAAGUUUGUUCUCGUUGUCCUACAUUCAGUGAUGUCGCUGCGAUACCGUGCAUGGUACCAGAAGCUAGAGUUGCGAAGAACGAAGUCGACGCUUUGUCUCUGGACAACUGUCCGUCCGUCGGAUCCCCUCCGCCCAGCGCGCCAAUGCGUCAUCGUUCCCCAUCGGGCGACUUCGCUCAUGUUCUCAGCGACGCUCCUCCCAUCCGGGGGUAG